ACAGUCGAUCCAAAGUCUUUCAGACAGACAGGGCGACGGGGAACGACAAGUUUGACGUCUCCCCUUACGGAGCAAUCUACGGACUUUAACUGGUGCAAAAGUGGGGACGAUCGCGUACGAUAUUGCUCAAGUUGUUAAACAUGAAGAAGAAAGAGUAGGUGAGAAAAACGUGGAGGUUAACCGGUCGGUGUUGGCGCAACAACAUGGAUGUCCUCGGGGGCGACGGUGCAGCUCUGAGCUGGAAUUAAGGCCGUUUACGUGCUAUUUCUGGUCGGCACAAAGCAUUGGAUGAUUUUGUUUUGGAUUUAAAGCUCCACGUUGUCACGAGUAAAUAUUAGCAAAGAUGCAGAGGCUGUGGAGGCGAGAUGUGCCCUUAUCAGAGAGGUUGGGGGUGGACUCUCUUUUGGCUGAAGCGGCAGGGACGCCGGCGACGCCACCGCCGGGAGGGCCCAACAUCUCCUGGCUCCCCGAAGCCCCCUUGCUAAGCCAGGACCAGCCCACAUUCCUCAUGACCCCUAUGGCCCAGGCCGUGUCCGGCAUCUUCGUCUGGACUUCCCUCAUCCUUACCUGCCACCAGAUCUACAUGCACCUGCGUUUCUAUAGCUCACCCCGGGAGCAGCGGCACAUCGUACGGAUCCUCUUCAUCGUCCCCAUCUACGGCAUCGACUCUUGGCUCAGCCUCCUCUUCUUCACCAACGACCAGUACUACGUCUACUUUGACACCAUCAGGGACUGCUACGAGGCGUUUGUGAUAUACAACUUCCUGAGUCUGUGUUACGAAUACCUCGGGGGAGAGAGCGCCAUCAUGGCCGAGAUCCGAGGGAAACUCAUCGAGUCCAGCUGCAUGUUCGGCACGUGCUGCCUGAAGGGAAGGGCCUACUCCAUCGGGUUCCUGCGCUUCUGCAAGCAGGCCACGCUGCAGUUCUGCGUCGUCAAGCCGCUCAUGGCCACCAUUACCGUCAUCCUGCAGGCGUACGGCAAAUACAAAGAUGGAGACUUCAACGCCGCCAGCGGGUACCUCUACGUCACCAUCAUCUGCAACGUCUCGGUCAGCUUGUCUCUGUACGCCCUCUUCCUCUUUUACUUCGCCACCCGCAACCUGCUCAGCCCAUACGGGCCCGUGCUCAAGUUCGUCAUCGUCAAGUCGGUCAUCUUCCUCUCCUUCUGGCAAGGUGUGUUUCUGGCCAUUAUGGAGAGGUGCGGCGCCAUCCCCCAGAUUGACUCCGUGGAGGUGUCCGUCGGCAAAGGGACCGUCGCCGCCGGUUACCAGAACUUCAUCAUUUGCAUCGAGAUGUUUUUUGCCGCGCUGAUCCUACGUUUCGCUUUCACCUCCAAAGUCUACAAGGACAAAAGUAUCAGCGCGCAAGGACCCCUCCCUACAUACGGAGAGUUUGGCAGCUGCGCCCCGAUGAAGAGCAUCUCCAGCAGCCUGAAGGAGACGAUGAACCCGGGCGACAUGGUCCAGGACGCUAUUCAUAACUUCUCGCCGGCUUACCAGCAUUACACCCAGCAGUCCACGCUGGAGCAGGGCGUGCCGCCGCCGCCUGUGUCGCGCACGCUCAGCGCCGUUAGCAACCACGGGGACACCGAGAAAACCUUCCUGCUGAGCUCGGACGAUGAAUUCUAGACAGGCGGAAAUGUGAUUCAUCCUCCCGGCAGCAGUCGGCCGCCUCUCAUAUGUGAGAAUGUUUGUUUGCCAUUUCAUGAGAGCAUGAAUGUAAGUAUAAACACGGCACGUUUGUGCUGGACGCUAUAAGCUAGUCUGGUGUAAAACACCUGCUUGAUUAGUAAGUCGUUUUCAAGUUUUACUCAAAAGAUUUGCUGACUUUGAUAGACUGUUCAUUUUUUUUAUAGCGCAACUUCAAGUUUAUUCUGAUAAUGUUGUGAUUUUUGUGAAAUUUGAUACGUUUCAUGACAACCUGAGAAGGACUUAAAAAAAUGUUUUAUUCGGUUUGCAAUAAAUUGACAAGUUACUACAAA